CAAAUAGGAGUCAGAGUUCAGGCCAUCUCUCUCUCUUUGGCUAGCCCGCAUAUAUCUGUUAUUAAAUACUGUCUAUCUCACACUCAAUCGUGUGAACUGCUUCGCAUAUCAGGGGCGGUUUAGCCUGUCACCUAAAGUUGACCUGCUCUCUUGAGGCAUUUGUAUGUUAAACAGCUUAUAGGCAGGUUAGAACACAGCCCAAAAACACAUGCGUACGUACACAUAUUUUAUUCACAUAGACGAACUGACAUAGAUCAUGACAGUUAACAAUUUUUACUCUGACGGAUUAAUUUUUCUUCUCAGACCAUAAAUUUUUUAUCUAUUCGGACUAUUAUUCAUUUAAUGAAACGGAUAAUUACUUUCGGAGAGAAUAUUAAUGUCAUACAGAUAUCAGUAAAGUGGGAGUGAAUUCAUCCUUCUAAUUGAUUGUCAUCUGCACUAUCUAUACACAAACAUAGUACUGGGAUUUUAAACCAUCAUUUAGUAUUUGAUGGAAACGAUACAACUGUGAGAACGUUGACCAUAAGUUGAUCAUUGAGUAUCUAACCUGCAUCUAUUCUCCAUUGUAUUUGGAAUCACUUGAAACUGGCGCUGUUUAAAGGUUGUAUGCUAUGUAUUUGCAUUCUUCAGUUACUUCACAAACCUCCACUGGGUCUACAUCUACCGUUGCUACAACUACAGGUACGAAUAGUUCAAGUGUGUCUUCGAAUCACACUAACCCAUUGAAAUCGGAUGUAAUGAAUACAAUGAGUAAUCCAGCUUGCUGUUUACCAUCAAAUAGUAUAAUGCAACCACCUCCAAUUAUACCUAAUCAUGGAUUAACUAGUUUACUAUCAAAUGUGGCCUCAAAUUUAUCUGCCCACCAACAAAACCAGAAUAACUUUUUAAAACCACCUUUAAUCCCUACUGGUCGAACAUCAAACGCCCAACUACUACAGCUGCUACGAAAUGUUGCCUCUUCUUUACCAUCACCCACUGUCUCACAUCCAGCAUCUCCAAGGAAUACAAAUACUUCACCCACAGUAUUAAAUGAUAAUUCUCAUACUUUAUCUGAUUCUUCAAAUCAACAACAGAUACCCAUUAUAUCAACAACAGUUACAGUUCCUUCUGUGGAUUAUUUAUCUUCUAAUGAUCAGACACCUGCUAACCCAUCAGGUCGAACGUCUACGACAACUACAGCCUUGAACGGGCCCAGUUUGUUACCAGAUUUUGAUGCACUACUAGCCAAUUCCAAUCCAAGUAUGAGUGAUUUUAUUUAUUGUUUAGUCCAAUCAGUCCUUCUCAAUCACGCUCAGGCUAAGCAGAAAGUUAAGUGCAAGAAGGAGGCACCUCCAUUGGAUUCAGCUGCUUUAAUUUCCCUCCUCUCUGGGACAGGGAAUUUAAAUCCAACCAACUGUUCAGCUAGCUCUUCUACUAAUCCGUUAAAUCCUUUAGGCAACUUAUCGUCUGACUUAGAUGGUGUAAACUCAACCAUUCAUCUACGCCAGGCUUUAGAAACCCUCAUCAAUCCGACAGUUUCUCCCCCUGGAUUUGAUCAAUCUUCUUCUCAUGGUCUCUUAUCAAAUGAUAUGGUAGAUGGUGGGUCACUUACUCAAGCCUUUCAACAACUAACCAGUUUGUCAAAUCAUAAGACAUCUGGAAUCCCAAAUGUUUUGUCUUCCGCUCCACUUUUACCUGAUGAAAAUACUGGGACUAUGAAUGCUACAGGGACUUUUUCAUUUGAUUUUCUCGCCCAAUUGUCUGCUGCUGCGGCCGCAGCUGCGGCCGCAACCCCUGCUCCUCCUCCCCCUCCUCCAGAUAUCGUAAACCAUCUUGCAAACCUAACUACUCCAGAUGGAUUCAGUUCAGUCCUUCCAACUGAAGAAAGUCUAUCGUCCGCUCUACAGAACCUUCUUUUCAAACAAAUGUUGAGUGUCAAUACUGGUUCAAAUACCUUCAUUCCUUCACUCGGAUCCACAAGAAACUCUGCUGGCACUAUUACCCAAUCUGGACAACAUACAAGUUUGAAUGAGUGCCGACCUAUGAAUAAUGAUGUAUCUAACUGUAAUUCAGAGAAGUUGAUUCCAUCAACCUAUUCAUUAGCGUCAAAUUUCUUAUCUCUUCACUCUCCCAACAGUAAUAAUAACAGUAAUAAUACUAAUCAUAACAGCAAUAAUCCUCGUAAUUCUUUCAUCCGACCGACUUCAAGGAUAUCACCUGAACCUAUCGCAUCAGCCUCCAGUCCACCCUCCACAUCAUCUACACCAUCUUUUAUGUGUUCCAAUCAGUCUAAUCCUCCUGUUGGAGAGUUUUAUCCGCCUGGUGAAAAUGUGGCUUCAUCACCAAAUUCUGUGCUUUUAAAUAGUUGUACAACUUUGGGUACAUCACCAAAUACUGGCAUGAAUAUAACUCAAACAGCUGUAAAUUUAUCAAAUGAAAAUCAGUCAUGGGAACCAUGUAAGGUUUGCGGUGACAAAGCUUCAGGACGACAUUAUGGUGUUGUGUCAUGUGAAGGAUGUAAAGGAUUUUUUAAACGUUCAAUACGUGGACAUGUCAGCUAUGUAUGUCGUAGUGAACAAAAUUGUCUUGUAAAUAAAGCCUAUAGAAACCGUUGUCAAUAUUGUAGACUUCAAAAAUGUCUAGCUGUUGGAAUGCGUUCAGAAGCUGUGCAAAAUGAACGUAGACCUACGAAUACAUUUGCUUUAAACUUCUUGUCCGAUAAUUCGGGUAACUCCAAUAGCAUUACUAAUGCUAGUAGUAAUGCCAAUGGUAGAGGUUCACCUAAUUCUAGCAUUAAUACUACAACAACUACUUCUAAUAUUACUAUUACUACUACUACUGCCAAUGUCAGUAGCAAUAAUGCAACAUCUAAUGGAAUAACUACUGCUCUGACAUCAAAUACCAACAUCCGUAAUACUUCGUCACAAUCUCAACAUACCUUUUACAAAAGUGAACCUAAUUCAGAAGAAGCUGAAGAUGAAAUUAAUAAUGCUAAUAAUAAUCGCGAAAUUGUUGCACAAAAAUCUGAAGACGGUCAAUUAUCAUGUAGUAAUUCUCCAUCGAAUUCGUAUCGCUUAUUGCCGGCGAAUACAACAGCAACCAUAGUGGGAAGUUUAGCAUCAAAGCAUUUGAAUGAGAAUCAGUUCACAGGAACCAGUAGGAAUUCUGCUUUAAGUGAUAUUUCAUCUUCAUCAUCAACUUCUUCAAAUUCUGCUGCAAUGGGAGAAACUGAAAUGAAUGAUUCUAACCAACCAUCUUGCCUGCAACAGGAUAUUAAGCCUUGUGUAACUCCGAAUCAAUUAGGAUCUAAAUCUACACCUGGAUUGUGUCACUCUCCUCAGGUUGUAACACAUCCCCUUGCACUGCCAUCCCCCCUUCCUGUGAUGUGUUUACCUACGUCAGCUUUUUCCUUCAGCAAUCAACGUUCAACAGCUGCCUCAGUGAUUAGUAGUAACAGUACUGGCAAUGCAUCUUACUCUAGUAACCUGUCUACUUAUGGUACUAGUUUAGAAGAUUGUCUUGCAUCCAGUCUACGAGAUUCGGAGUAUGGAAGUACAAAUCUCAAUCGACCUAUCAAUCGAAACACUCUUCUUACUUCACAACUAUCAGAUAUGUCUGAAAGUAAAGGAAGUACAACACAAGAGUCUUACUCCCGAAAAAUGACUUCUUUCUCCAAUUCGAUAUGUCCAUCUUCUGUGUCAAGUCAACAGGAAUCUUUGCCUUUGUUCGGUGAUGCAGGUGGAUUAAAUUUGAAUGAGCUGACUAAACUGGCUUUAAGUAAUAUUAAUCCCUUACCUUCAUCUACAUCUAAUCAACAAGGGCGUAGUUUGGCUGCACUGUAUACCUACUGGUUAGCUGCAGCUGCGGCAGCUGGAACUCUGAAUCCUCCACCACCACAACAAUCUGAACAGUCACAACAGCAGCAUUACUCUUUGCAACAACAGAACCAGUCAGCGCAUUUUUCUGCAUCUAGCCAAAACUUUAAUUCACUCAAUCCAAAGCGACCAUUGAAAACACUUUCAUCAACAACAGUGACCACCAGCACCACUACCACACCACCACCUGGUUCGAAACAAAAUGCAACAUCUCAUUUCUGCAAGAGUUCGAAUACAGUCAAUUUAUUUGACCAACAUUGUAGUUUAGAAAACCAGUUACUAAUCAAUGGCCUAAAUCAUCAAUCAAAAUCAGUAUUAUCUGCUGCUGACAGUCAGACAGAAGCGUUAAAUGCACUAAUGACAAUUAUGCUUGGUUCAUCAGAUCAAAUCGUGGUGAACAAUUUCAAUGCACUUGCAGAUGUAGUUAAUUCAAAUGCACAUUUGAAAUCACCUAUCCGCAGCCAUUCUCAUUCACAGCCUCCUUUUCUUCUACACCGAUCUCAUGCUCAUCAGCCAAAUUCUUCAAAUGUUGUUCGGUCAACUACUUCUCCGAAUCCAUUUGAUUUGCCUAUCCCGUCUACACCUGCCACCUGUUUGUCUUCGUCGUUAUUUGGUUUGAAUAGUGGCGCACCAAACGUUAGCACUACUACUACGACUGUUAAUGCUAGUACUACUUCUACAACAGCUGCUACUGUCCCUAGCAGUAAUGCACCAAUCAUACCAACUCCACCACCAAUCAAGUCGACUAAUUUAAUCCAGCUAUUAUGCAAACGCACUUCAAACAGUGAAACAAAUACCUUAACUGACUGCGACAUUAAAGCUAAGACUGGUGGCACGAGUAGUAGUGGUAGUACAACUGUUGCUAAUAAAAGAAAAAGAAGCAGCAGUAGUAACAGUAGUACUGCGAAUAAUUUGGAGGAAAACUUGUCCGAAUGUGCUGAACCAGUCGAUACAGAUCGUGAUGUUAACGGCCACUCAUCUUUGAAGAAGUUCGAACAUACUCCAUGUGAUAUACCACUGCAAUCUGACGGGAAUGUGUCAGAUCCAUCGCCUAAGAAAGAAGAGACAAACUGGACAAGAAGUAGGAAAAGAAAAAUGCAUAACUCCUUUCCUUCUGAUGCUGUACGAUCGAUUCGUCGACGAACUGAAAGCAGCAAUUCCCUCCAGUCUAAUAAUAAUUCUACUGUUGGUCUGGGUCACCAUGUGGUCGAUAUACGAGCAGCAUACGAAGACGAUGAUGAAGAUAGGUCAACAGAAUCGAUUUCUGAAUGCACUAAAUCACCAGAUAGUUCCAGACCUAGUAGUCCUCUAGUUGGUCCGGUUUUAUUGAAUUCAAUGUUCGAUCUGAAUGCACAACUUUUCAAACCAUGUCAAGAUGGUAACAAUAAUCGAUCUCUCAAUAUAUCAAGUGAAUUAGCCUCACGAGUUUUAUUCCUUACUGUGGAUUGGCUACGUCGUUUCGAUGGCUUGAAACGUCUACCAAUUGGAGCUCAACGUGAUUUGGUAGCUAUUUCGUGGUCUGACCUUUUUGUACUUGGAUUAUGUCAAGCGGCUGAUCAAAUUAAUCGUGCUCAGUAUCAUAAGUCAAGUCAAGAAUUAAACGAUCCACAGUCAGGAAAUAAUUCAUGUUCACAGAAUGACAACAGUGCUGCUAAACAAGUCAGUGGAAGGCAACAAGUAGAUUCUCCAUGCUGUGCUACAGCAACGAGUUCGCCUAUGAAAGAGUCAACGGAUGUAUCUCACUUGAAGCCUAGUUCUUCGUCAUCUUUAGCUGUGAUAGAAUUGGUUGAACAAUUGAUGAAACAGUUCUCAGGAGCUGAAAUCGAUACACAUGAAUACACCUAUCUUAGAUGUAUGGUUAUACUUAGUUCCGGGCGUUUGUGUAUUAAUGCCAGAGAUGCCAAUUUAGCCAAACAAAUUACUGAGAUGGAAUCACGUGUUUUGAGUGAAUUUUCUGAAUUCUUAUCAGCCCGUGCAGCAGCUUCACCAUCCAGUACUGGUUCUCCUCCCUCGAGUAGAAAAAAGAUGACAAGAAAUGUCAUCAAAAGAGUUCUUGUCCUGACACAGCUAUUAUCUACACUUCGUUACUUAGAUCCAAAAGAUUUAGAGGAAGCAUUCUUUUCAAAUUUACUUGGAUCAGUAUCGAUCGCUCAAAUUCUUCCAUAUUUAUUAGAAUCAAAUGAUCUGUUUGUUCAAAGUCAAAUGGUAAUGAACUCAUGUUUAUUGGACAGUCCUCUUGUUCACAAGCCCGGUAUGAAUUCAGUUAAAUCUAUGGACAAACAAGUUUUGAAGUCUAGUUCAGAAGCCACUGAUCAUGAAUUGCUUCAAAAUAGUGUAACGGAUAAAAAUGAUUUCCCCACUUUGUUGUCGUCUGUUCCGAAUCAGACACCAUCACAGAGCAGACCAACUUCUUGUCAGAUCCUGUCGUGUAGUGAAUUGAAAGAUCAACACAUAGAACUAACAAGCAAUACACCACUUCCAAACGAUGAAGCUAAAGACGCAGCUUAGGUAUUAAAGAUGAAAAGUUGAAGAUCGAAGUCCCUCUUAAAAUGUCUUUCCUAUCAAGUUACAUGAAUUUGAAGAAAAACUGAGAAAAAGCGCCCUAUAUUCCUUUUAGCGCCAAUACCGUUAGGGAUAUUAUCGCUGAUUGUUCAGUUCUAUGCUGAAGAAUGGUUUGGAGUGGCUUAGCAUGACAACUAGAUAAUUAUUCCUUCGAGCAGUUUAUGCUAUGAAACGUGUGUAUUCCUACAAACGCUCCAAGUUCUUUUUUCGGUCUUAAAAUUUUUUCAGUGAACAUGAAAAGACAUUUGUAUAUUUUUCUCUUACUUAACGGCAGAAUGGGGGUUGUAGUUUCCAAUCUAUGCACACUAUACAUUCACAGUUUAUUUAUUUAUACAGCUACCUCAUUUCUGUGCCAGGUUUAAUAUGUGUUCGUUAUUCCUGUCUCUCUCAUUUUACUGACUAUGUAACACAUAAUAAAUUGGAAGAUCCUCUAAUCAUUCCUUACAGCGUAAACAUGCAUAUGUAUACAUACUUUAUGCAGCUUUUCUUUAUUUCAUUUGAUGACUUCAGAUUAUUCCUUUUUCAAAGAAACCCACAAAUAUGCAACGGAGCUUUUUUCUUUCUAUACACCUGUUGUCUUGUUCAAGUUACUUAUAACCACUAACAGUGAUUCAAAAUGUUAUGAUUUCAAUCACUGAUAAUUUCUAUUCAUCAUAUAUAUAUAUAUAUAUAUAUAUAUAUAUAUAUUAUUGUGUACUAACUAAGCAAAUUUAAGAGUAUUAACAUACGUUAUUCAACGGACAAAGAGCGCCACCUUCUGAUUUUGUGAUUUAAGUUUAAUCCAUACUAUACCUAUACAUGCAUACACAAUAAUGAGUGGAUCAGGAAUCCGAACUACUCUUAUACUUCGGUUUUAAACCUGGUUAUUUCUUUUCAUUUGCAUACAAAAAUUCAUAAUGUACUUAACUCUAGUGUGUUGUGUGAUAUCCUAAAUGUGGAAUUGACAUUUCUCCCCCUUGUUUUGUCUUGUGUGUGUGUUCUCCCAUUUGUAGAUGUGUUUAUAACACCGUGAUCUAAAUAUUAAAAUAGUAUUGUAAAUCUGUGCGUAAGCUUAUAUACAUAUAUAAACAUACAUGCUUUCAA